AUGCAGGAGGUACCAUUAGAAAAUCGAGUUCCUCUUGUUGAUGGAGGAGAAGUAGGAUUGGUGGUUAACUUGAAUGAGAAUCAGGCAGAUGUUCAUGCCAUCAUGGCACACACACUCCCAAAUUAUGUCAUCAUCCAAUCCAGCCUAAACACGUGCACAGGAAAUCCAAGCGUACCUAAUGCCCUCCGGUAUACCGGAGAUUACAGUUUCGAAUUGGAUACGAGGUUUGAGUUGCUGCCAGCUAACAUAAUCAUAAUCAUUGAUAUAUCUUCGCAGAAUCUCUUCAAAAUUACUGGGAACAAAUCUUCCGCUAACACCCAGCCUCUGUUGUCCAUCCAACGAUCCAAUCGUUCCCAUCUCAUAGAAGAAGGUCGAAGAGCUUGGUGUUUUAGGGACAGUUUAUUAGAUGUAGAAUUAAGAAAAACAGGCCAAAAUGAUAAGAAACCACAAGCCGAAGAGCUUGGUGGGAGGGUGUAUGCAAUGAGGCAUGGAAGGAAAGUACCAAAGCUCAAUCGACCACCUGAUCAGAGAAAGGCUUUGCUCAGAGCUUUAACUACUCAACUCCUGAAACAUGGUAGAAUUAAGACCACUAGAGCUAGGGCAAGUGCAAUGAGAAAGUUUGUUGAUAAAAUGAUUACGUUAGCAAAAGAUGGGUCUCUUCACAAACGUAGGCAGGCUUUAGGAUAUAUUUAUGAGAAAUUAAUUGUUCAUGCCUUGUUUGCUGAAGUUCCUGAGAGAUAUGGAGAAAGAAAUGGUGGGUAUACUAGGAUUAUCAGAACCUUGCCUAGGCGUGGUGAUAAUGCUCCAAUGGCUUACAGUGAGCUUGUUUAGAGGUACAAAGAUAACAAUUUUAAA